AUGGAGAUGGAUAGCUGGUGGGCAAGUGGUAGGCCACUUGAUGCUUCACCAUCAACAACUAUACAAAAGCGUCACCAAACUGAUACUUCUCGUAUCCAUCUAGCAAAAAUGAAUUCUUCUCGGACAACAGCGCAAGAAGAGCCUCUGCUACUACUAGAAAAACCAGCAACAAAUCCUUCUCCAACAGCUCAAGAAGAGCCUCAACUACUAGAUAAACCUGCGAUUGUUCCUUCUCCGUUAGCUCAGGAGCCUGACAACGAUGUACCGGUGGCACCGGGAAACAAGUUUGCUGAGUUUGCAGCCGGAUGUUUCUGGGGGGUGGAGCUUGCUUUCCAGAGGAUCCCUGGCGUGACAGAGACUGAGGUUGGAUACACUCAGGGGAUCUCUCACAAUCCUUCUUACAAGGAUGUCCGCACCAACACAACUAACCACGCAGAGGUUGUAAGGGUUCAGUAUGAUCCCAAUGAGUGCACAUAUGAGACGCUUCUUGAUUUGUUCUGGUCUAGGCAUGAUCCCACCACCUUGAAUCGUCAGGGAGAACUUGUGGGAGCUCAAUAUCGGUCUGGUAUAUACUUCUACACACCGGAGCAGGAGAAGCUAGCACGUGAAUCUCUAGAGAACCAGCAGAAGAAACUGGAGAAGAAGAUUGUGACUGAGAUCUUACCUGCAAAGAGAUUUUACAAAGCUGAAGAAUACCAUCAGCAAUACCUCGCCAAAGGUGGGAAGCAUGGUAAUGCACAGUCCCCUGCAAAGAGCUGCAAAGACCCUAUCCGCUGCUAUGGCUGAAGAAAACUCCCAGAGGAUCUGUAUCUGUUUGUGUGUUGAUUUGUAUGUCUCAGUUCAUAAUAAAUAUGCAUGUGUGAUCAUUUCACUUGUGUAACUUGUCUUAGUUUAUUGUUUGGUGGAGUUAUUAGAUAUGGUAGUGCCUUAAGAUCCUUUCUUAUUGUCUUGUUUCAUCAGUGGCUUUUAGUGUUAGAUGUGAGUUUAGCUUAUCAUGACUGAGAGAUCUUGCUUGCUAAGAAAUUCUAAAGAGCUG